GACCCUCUGAGCCACCAGCACCACCGCCGGCCGAACCAGUGGCACAGCCAGCCCAGCCGGUUGCGCCACCACCACCAGGGCUGCGGGGAUAUGGGCAAAUUACUGACCCAGUGAUGUGUGAAAUCUUGCGUGAUUUUCGCAUCUCUACGACCGUGGGCAGCAGAUUGUCAACUUUGCCCCUCGUGUCCCAGGCUGCCAUUUUUUCCAGGCUUCUGUACAAGCGGGCCCAAGAUGAUGAGUCCUUUGAUGGCUGGCUCAUGAAGGCAAUCCGCCGCUCUGAUUCAAAUAAGCUGGUCCAUCCACGGCAAACUUUGGAUGGGGAACAUGUCAAUGUUUGA